CAGACUUGAUUCUUCUUCUUUGAGCCAGAAUAACUUGGGUUUUCGUCUGACUUCAAAAUUUGAAUAAUUUGACAUACAGACAAGUUCUGGAGUGUUUUAAUUUGGAUGAAUUAUUGGCUUUAAGAGGUGGAAGUAGAAUGUUACGUCAAAGAGUGACCUCAGAAGGAAAUAGUUUUGAAUGAAAUUUGUGUUAGAGGAACAUCACAUUAGUUAAAGUGCGUGGAAAAAACAUGGAAUAUUCUCAAUUGUUUCUGUUCACAAGGUUUCAGAAACUUUUUACUCUAGUUUCUUUACAGUCUGAGACCGAGACACAAUGCUUACACUAGCUGUGGAAUUUAGGGAGGGGAGCAAGAACAAUGGUAAUAAAGGAGCUAGAUUUUCGGUCAGAGUAACCAAAUCACCAGUCAGACAAAAGACCUCCUUGUUAAGAUUUGUCUCUGAAGAGGAGAGUUUCUGAACGAUUGCAGCGUUGGCGCCUCUGAAGAACACAGUGGGAAACUAAAGGAAAGGAGAAGGAAUGGGAGUUCAUCCCUCACCUCUCUGACCCUGGAGAAGUCAUCCAAAAGCCAAGAGGGUGUUGGUUUCAAACUAAUCCCUUAAGCCAACACGUUUCAGUCAUGUUCACUCCCAGGAAAAACAGCCUUCCCUCGCCCAGCCUGGAAGACUCCUUCUUUCCUCUCUCCUCUUCCUCUUCGGUAUCUCUCUUUGCUUUGCAGUCAGCCUCCUCCCCCGCUGACGGCGUGGACGGCGGGGGAGCGAUAGAGACUGACCUGAUACUGGCGGCAGAACUGGGACGGGCCUUGCUGGAGAAGAAUGAGGAGCUGGCAGAAACUCUGCAGCAGAGAGAGAAAGAGGUGGAGGCUUUACAGCAGGAGAAGCACGUCCUGCAGAGGAAGCUGGAGAUGAAUGAACUAGAGACUGGGCAGAAGGAGUCAGAGCUCAACACAGACAUAGCUUCACUGAGGGCAGAGCUGCAGAAAUACCACAGCGAGGGGCGGGACCGGAGGAAAGAUGACAGCGAGCAGAUGACUCAGUUGGCCAAUCACAACCAGAGACUGGUGGAGCAACUAUCUGAGGCUGUAACACUGGAACACUCCCUGAGGACUGAGCUCCGCACCCUCAGAGAAGAGAUGGAGGAGUCAUCCUUUAGUCGAAAUAUCAGCUUCACGCAAUUAGAAAAUAUGCAAGCUGAGAACAGAGUAUUGCAGGAGCGGCUGUCGCACAUGGAGACGCAGCUAAAAGCUUCAGAGGAGGACAGCCAGAGGCUCCGUGUGGAGAGAGACGGACUGCGGGACAGACUGUCAGAGCUUCAUGUCAAACUCACUGAGAAGGAAGCUGAGAUAGAGCAGGAGCAGGGGGUUGUGUUUGAGUUACGCACCUUGAAUCGCUCUUUACAACAAAAACAUCUGAACCUGGGAGAGGAGAGCUUCCUGGGCAGUACGCACACACAACCUUUGUCUCUGCUCAGUGAAAUUCAGCAGACACAGGCUACAGAGGCUCUCUUGGCUCACUCCUCAGCGCUGCAGGCCAAAGAUGAAGAAAUACAAGCAUUAAAGGACGAGCUCCAGUCUCAGCAAAAGGAACUUGAGUCUCUCAGGGAAGAAAUUAAACCCUUCAGAGGAGGAGAAAAUCAGAGCUACAGCUCUCUGGAGAGUGAACUGGCCAAAGUUCGUCAGGAGAAAGAAUCGCUCACUCAGCAGCUUCUCAACACAAUCAAACACAAGGUGGUGCUGUCUCAAGAACUGGAUGCCUGGCAGGAGGACAUGCGCUUCGUCAUCAAUCAACAGGUGCUGCAAAGGGAGGAGGAGAAGAAGAAGAAGGAGGAGAAGCAGGAGAAGGAGAGCACUGUUGGACUCCAUAGGAGCAAGUCUUUGAGAGUGAGGGGUGAAGGAGGAAAAGGGUUCUUUUCCUCUUUAUUCAAGGACAAAUAAGACACAGCCUGUUGGCAGCAGAUGAACACUGAUCAAUAUCGGCAAUAUCAGCAAGCUAAAUGUUUACAAAUGUAAUAUCUGAAUGUACUUUUCUGUUUGUAAAUAUGUACAGUAUAUUAAUAAUUUUAAACUUUUAAUAAAAACAUUAAAAUUUAA